UUAACCUCCAAACCAAACACUUGCUACCCAAAGCCACCUCUCAGGCUGGUUUUGUGAGGGUGGGGCCGUCAGCUUCACCAGCUGCCCUGUUAGGGGGCGCUAAAGUAAGACUGGCAGCCUGGAGGACUGAGAAAGGGACUGCUCCUUCCUGUCUGUCAGUAGAACAUUCUGGGGGCUUCCUGGCGGCCUGUCAUUUCUGUCAGUGGCCACCAGGAAAGACAGCUCCUCACACAACUUGCUUUCUCCCAGCGCUUGGCGAGUGGGCUGCAACCUGCCCCUCGGCCCUCAGCUAAGAUGGACAGCUGUUCCUCCUCAGAUUACAGCGGGACCAUGGACCUGUUUGGAGACAUACAUGACAUUUCUUCUUCGAGUGAUGAGGACAACCAGCUCCCGGGGCCAGGACAGCGUGGUGAUGAACGCCCAGCGCCUCAGCACCAGCAGGGGAAGGAUCCCAGUUCUGAAACCAGAAUAGAAAUAGAGAUUCCCAACAUCAACUCGGAUCUGGGAAGUGAACUGUAUUUUGUGAAGCUCCCCAAGUAUCUCAGCAUAGAACCCAAGCCUUUUGAUCCUCGGUUUUAUGAAGAUGAAUUUGAAGGUGAAAAAAUGCUUUACGAGGAAGACAGGAUCCAGCUGAAAGUGAAGGUGGAAAACACCAUACGGUGGAGGAUGCGCCGGGAUGAAGAAGGAAAGAAGGUCAAAGAAAGCAACGCUCGGGUAGUCAAGUGGUCAGAUGGCAGCAUGUCCCUGCACUUGGGAAAUGAAGUGUUUGACAUCCACAAAGCCACACUGCAAGACAAUCACAGCCACCUGUUCAUCCGAGGGGACACGGGGCUGCUGGGACAGGCGGUCUUUAAGUCCAAGCUCACAUUCAGACCUCAUUCCAUCGACAGUGCCACCCACAGGAAGAUGACGCUGCCGCUUGCCAGCAGAAUCUCUAAUGCACAAAAGAUCAGAAUCCUGCCCAUGGCCACCAGCGACCCUGAAUGUUCCCGCACAGAAAUGGUGAAGAGGAACCAGCCUGCUCCUGCUCCUCAGACAGCGAGAACGGAUCCAAAGGAGAAAGGCCCCCAGCGUUACUCAGAGCCAAGCAGCUCAGCAGUGAUGAGGAGAACUUUCCAGAAGGACGAAAGGGAGUGAAGAGGAAGAUGGCUGAAGCAUGAAAUACACCUUCAUUACGUCCUCCUCAACAGCUCCUUUCGAAACAAUGAUCAGUAUUUUUUCUCAG